AUGGGAGCUCGGAUUAUGGGCAUACUCCAUCAUUGGAAAGAAUUUAUAAAGGAGGGUCAUGAGCCUUUAAAAGAGGUCAAAGAUCAUAAAAUGUGUCAACUUAAGAAGAUUGAUCUGAAAAAGAUGGUAGUUGAGUUGCAGAGCAAGAAUAAGGAUAUGAAGCAUUGGAUGAUCGAGUUAAGGGAUCAUAAGCAAGAAGCCAUGGAAAAUUUGGAGGAGGAUUUGCAUGUGGUCAAGACCUAG